AUGAGUUCCGUGGAAUACGACAUUCUUGAAAAUCCAGAGCCCAGCAGCCAUCUUUGGAAACAAUGGAAGCAUUUGGUGGAUACGGAGGGCUGGACCUCAGAUGAUAACUCGGUAACAGCACUGACCCCAUCAUUGGAUUCGACUCGUAGUGUUUGGGCGGUUUCCAAAACUCGCCGAAAAACUUUGUCUGAAAAUUUUGCCCGAUUUCUCCACGCAGCCGAUUUCGGCUUCUCCCUCCCUCCUCUACCAAAUCCGCGUGAGAAGAAAAUGUCGGUUGGGUGGUGUUGUGCAGAGAAAGAUUUUGUUGGAUGCGUGAUUUGGAAUCAGUAUGACAAAAUUUGCUUCCUCGGAUUUUUCCUAUUGGCUCCGGAGCAUCGUGGAAAAGGCGUGGGAUCAGUGAUUUGGGAUCUUGCUAUGGCUCUCAUGCCAAGUGAUCAUGUUUUGGGGCUCAGAGGAGUUCCAAGCAUGGUGGAUAAAUACAGAAAGAAAGCGACGCCAGUCGUUGGAGCCACACUGGAGAACUACAAAAUGAAAGUGGCAGAGUAUCACGCUUCCAUGGAGAAACUGACUGGAGAUAAUUUCAAACUCGUAAACCAUUUGACACCUUCCGAAUGGGAACAAUUGGUUAAAUACGAUGUUGAUGUGAACGGAAGACAACGUCGCGAAUUUUUGGAGCUCUACUACAAACUCGACUGCGUUUUCGGAAUCGUUUUGUUUGAUGGCCAUCAUAAAAUCAUUGCUCACAUUUCAGCAGUCAAGACAUCUCAUAAAGAAGAGAACGUCUUCAAAGUGGCGCCUCUGUACGCUGACUCACCCAGCAUUGCCAUGUCAGCGCUUCGAGUUUUCUCGGGAGUGAUGUACGAAUUGCAUCCGGAUGCGGACGUCAUCUUCCAUCUGCUUGACAUUGGAAGCGGGCCGUUCCUUCAGUCCUUUUUCCAAAGCCUCGAAAUCAUACCGGCAGUGAGUGGAGUCACUCUGUUCAGCGGUGACUAUCCGCAUAAGGGUGAUUUGUCAAAGGUGUUCAUUGCUCAUAACAACUCAUGCCAUUAUGACUAUUAA